AUGUACACACACUCCAACAUCCUCUCCUACCACGACCGCCUCCAAUCCUUCAACCCAUACUGGGACGCCUACGAGCCUACCGCCCGACAACUCGCAGCUAUAGGUCACAUCUGCGAUCGACCUCCCGUGGAAGCUCUGGAGAAUGGCUCCCACUGUGGCUCCUGCAAUAGAUUCGUCCGCCGCGAGGACAGUGUCAAAGCACUUCAAGAUUCCAUCUUCAAAACGGCCCCUGACUUUGCCGCUUUGGGAGGCUUCAGACUUCACAAUGCAGACUGUAUUAGAUUGCAAUUCAAGCUGCCGGAUGAAGUUUUGACGGGGGUGCUCGGUGGCGGGUAUAGGAUGAGUGACCUUCGGCACAUGUGGGAGAGGAAGUCGCAGCUAGGACGAACAGAGGGCAUCAACGACGCCGCCCCUCAGUCGAGCUCCCUCUUCUCCCUCCCCACCGAGAUCCGUCUAGAAAUCUACGCCAUGGUCCUGCCCACCAUGGACAAAACCACUCCCAUCGUCCCCCUCAACAAAGACUCCGCCCGCAUCGUAACUAAAAUCGGCUACGACAAAACCGGCCCCCGCGACACGACGAAAAUCCACAUCCUAUCAACCUGCCACGCAGUCUACGAAGAAGCGCUCGACAUCCUCUACACGAACACCACCUACAGCUUCGACUCGACAAAGCUACUCUACCUCUUCCUCCGCCACACCGGACACCAUGGCCGCCGCCUGCUGAAGAGUGUUGAUGUGCUGUGCGGUCAUCGGGAGGAUGCCAUUGCGUUUGCGUUGUUGGCUUCUUGCCCGAAAUUGAAGGCGAUUACGAUUAGGCUAGGGCGACCGGUGUUGUUGUAUCCUGGAUCGCCGCUGUGGGUUGUUGAUGGGGUGGCGUGUUUGCUAGAAUUGAGUGGAUUGGAGAUGGUGGAGUUUGCGUAUGAUGGUGCUUUUGGGCAGAGGAUGUUUAUGGAUGAGAGGCAGGCUGAUGCUGCGGUUAUUAGGAGAGAGCUUAUGAGGCCUAGGGGGCAGCAGAGUGGUGUUAGGUGGGUUGGUGGACAUUUGUAUGGCUGA